CUCCACCGCCCGCCCGCCGGCCUGCGCGAGCUCUGAGGCUGCCGGCUCGCGGCAGACGCCAUGUACCGGCUCCUGUCAGCCGUGACGGCCCGGACUGCGACCCCCGGGGGCUGGGCCUGGGGCCGCGGACGGCGCGGGGCUCACCAGCGCGCCGGGCUGCCGCCGCUCGGCCCCGGCUGGGUCGGGGGUCUCGGGCUGGGGCUGGGGCUGGCACUCGGGGUGAAGCUGGCGGGUGGGCUGAGGGGCGCGGCCCCCGCGCAGCCCCCAGCAGCCCCCGACCCCGAGGCGUCGCCCCAGGCCGAACCGCCGCUGCCGCAGGAGCAGCCCCUCGCUCCGUGGUCUGCCCAGACCCCGAUGCCGCCCCUCUCCCGGCGCUUCGCCAGAGCCAUCGACAGCAGCCGCGACCUGCUGCACCGGAUCAAGGAUGAGGUGGGCGCCCCCGGCAUCGUGGUCGGAGUCUCUGUAGAUGGAAAAGAAGUCUGGUCAGAAGGCUUAGGUUAUGCUGAUGUUGAGAACCGUGUACCAUGCAAGCCAGAGACCGUUAUGAGAAUUGCCAGUAUCAGCAAAAGCCUUACCAUGGUUGCUCUUGCCAAACUGUGGGAAGCCGGGAAACUGGAUCUUGAUAUUCCAGUACAACAUUAUGUUCCUGAAUUCCCAGAAAAAGAAUAUGAAGGUGAAAAGGUUUCUGUCACAACAAGAUUACUGAUUUCCCAUUUAAGUGGAAUUCGUCAUUAUGAAAAGGACAUGAAAAAGGUGAAAGAAGAGAAAGCUUACAAAGCCUUGAAGAUGAUGAAAGGGACCAUGGAAUCUGACCAAGAAAAAGAGUUCAAAGAAAAAGGAGGCAAAAGUAAUGAAAAGAGUGACUUUGUUAAAACUAAGAUAGAGCAAGAUACUGAUGCCAAAGGCCGGAACUUAAAACCUGGCAAGAAAAAGAAUGAUUUUGAACAAGGCGAGUUGUAUUUGAAAGAAAAAUUUGAGAAUUCAAUUGAAUCACUAAGAUUAUUUAAAAAUGACCCUUUGUUCUUUAAACCUGGUAGUCAGUUUUUGUAUUCAACUUUUGGCUAUACCCUACUGGCAGCCAUAGUAGAAAGAGCUUCAGGAUAUAAAUAUUUGGAUUAUAUGCAGAAAAUAUUCCAUGACUUGGACAUGCUGACGACUGUGCAGGAGGAAAAUGAGCCAGUGAUUUAUAAUAGAGCAAGAUUUUAUGUUUAUAAUAAAAAGAGACGUCUUGUCAACACACCAUACGUGGAUAACUCCUAUAAAUGGGCUGGUGGUGGAUUUCUGUCUACAGUGGGUGACCUUCUGAAAUUUGGGAAUGCAAUGCUGUAUGGUUACCAAGUCGGGCUCUUUAAGAACUCACAUGAAAAUCUUUUACCCGGAUAUCUCAAGCCAGAAACAAUGGUUAUGAUUUGGACACCAGUCCCUAACACAGAGAUGUCUUGGGAUAAAGAGGGUAAAUACGCAAUGGCAUGGGGUGUUGUGGAAAAGAAGCAAACGUAUGGUUCUUGUAGAAAGCAGCGGCAUUAUGCCUCACACACCGGAGGUGCGGUGGGUGCCAGCAGUGUCCUGCUGGUCCUUCCCGAAGAACUGGAUGCGGAAGCUAUAAAUAACAAGGUUCCCCCGAGGGGAAUAGUCGUUUCUAUCAUAUGUAACAUGCAAUCUGUUGGCCUCAACAGCACUGCUUUAAAGAUUGCUCUGGAAUUUGAUAAAGACAGAGCUGACGUAUCUUAACAUCACGGUGCAAAAUGAGCUGUUUUCUUGUUGCUGUUGUUUGGAACAUUAAAGUCCCACAAUACAUGAGAUUUUUAAAAAUAGAUUUGUAAUAGAGGAUAAUUGAAUGCAGAGAAUUAUGUACCUCUGAUUGCUUAAUUUUGUAAUUGUCUUUUAUUGUAGGAUUAGUUCUUUAUACUCAGGGAAGUAACUAUAUUAUUUUUUUUGAAAAAAGUGUUAAUUCUUGAAAUAAAAUAUUCUGAUAAAAAUAUAUUUUUGAAUGUGUAGUAUAAAGAAAAUCUCAUUCAACAGGAAACUUCAAAUAUUGUUUAUUGUUAUUUUAAUAUGACAGCAGAAACAAGUUUAUGAGAAAUUGUAUAUUAGUUAUCUAUUGCAGCUUAAAAGAACAAAGAAUUAUCUCAUGGUUUCCGAGGCUUAGGAAUUCAGUCACUUGGCUGGAUGAAUCUGAGUCCGGUCUGUAAGGAGGUUGCAGACAAGAUGUUGUGGUCAUCCAAAGGCUUCUCUGGGGCUUCAGGAAAUGCUUCUAAAAUGGCUCACUCACUUGACUGGUGGCAAGUAUCAGUCCUCUGGCUUGUGAGUAGCAAGAGGUCUCAGUUUCCCUCCGUGUGGGCCUCUCUAUAGGACUACUUGUGUAUCUUCAUGUCAUGUUAAUUGGCUUUUCCCAGAGAAGUGAUUCAAGAAACAUAGAGGGAGGGGGAGGGCCGGAGAGAGAGCCGUGAGCCAGGCAGAAGCCAAAAUCUUCUAUAGCCUAGCCUCAGAGAUCACAUACCAUCACAUUUGCUAUGGAAUUUAGACCUCACAGACCAACCCUGAUGACAGGCUUGGAGGGAUUACACAGGGUAUGAAUAUCACGAGGUGGGGAUCACUAGGGGUCAUGUACCACAGCCUGACCUCUGGUCCCCAAUGAUUAAUGUCCUUCCUACCUCUUCCCAAGUUUUCCAGAAAUUUCAUCCCGUUACGGUGUCAGCUCAAGACUACCGUGUGAAUCAGGUCUGGGUGUGGAUGAGCCUCCUUCAGCGUAGUUCCUCUUUAUCUGAAGUUCUGUGACAUAAAGACAAGCUGUCUGCUCCCCACAUGUGCAACGUACGAUGGCACAACAUAUGCAGUCAUUGGUAUGGACCCUCCUCUUUUAGAAAGUGGGCAACUGGAAGACGUCCGUGAGUCCUAGCAGUUCUGAAAUCCAACCAGACACAGGGUGGCAGCUCCUUGAUUAGUACUCAAGGCCUGGGGAUAAUUUUUGGCUCUUGGGCUAUGUUCUCCAGACCCUUGGUUCUGCCCUCUGGCUUAUUAUUUUUUCAUGAAAGGUAGCAUGUGUUUGUAGCUGAGUGGUUUUCUCAGCCUGCUUUCUGCUUGCAUAAGUUUGGAGGGUCAAAGGCCUCUUUUGUACUCUCUCUCUCCUUUCAGUUUAAGUAGUGUUUCUGCCAAUACCAUUUGUUUAAACUUUGUGAGUCUCCUACAAAUUUCUUUGGGGUUUGUGUUGGUAAACAAAAAGCAUACCACCACAUCUCUCCAAAGAAAGCCCUUCUGUAACUUGGGAUUCUGCUGAUACAAUUAGAGAAAACACUUGUUUCUAAUAAACCCUGUUGUUUAUAUAGCUCUCAGAGGCACCAUCUUGGUUCUUUCAGCAGUCAAAGGAUUUUAGUCAGACCUUCAGCUUCAUUUUAUUUCUUUUUUUAAAGAUUUAUUUUACAGGGAGAGAGAGCAUGCGUGAGUGCAGGGAGAGGCAGAGGGAGAGAGGAACUUAAGCAGACUCCUCACUGAGCCCAGAGCCCGACGUGGGGUCGAUCUCACCACCCUGAGAUCACGACCUGAGCUGAAACCAAGAGUCAGUCGCUUAACCAACUGAGCCACCCAGGUGCCCCUUCAGCUUCAUUUUAAACCAUGGUAUGCUGGAAGUGCCCUAAAUUUUAUCUUGUCUUGAAGCCAUUUGAGGUUCAUUCGCCAUCUGGAGAGUCUGGGAAUUUUCCAAACCAUCCAUUAUUGAUUCUUUUUGUCUAGUAGUCCUUCCGUUAGCUUAUGUCUCAUGCAUUUCAGUAUAAGCAGCAGGAAGAAGCCAGGAGACACAUUCAACACUGGACAUCUCAGCUGGCUCACCCAGUUCACUGGGCACAUCUACUUUCCGUGUUCCUGCAGGCAACAGUGUUGCUAAACUUGCCACCACUACAAAAUUAGAAUUCCUUUUCCUCUAAUUUCCCAUAAGAUUUUCCUUACUCUCCUUUAAGUCUGCAACCUGCAGCCUCUGCAAAGGCCAUCGUACUUCUAAACAGUUUCUUCAGGACUCCUGGGGCUUUCACUGAUGCUCUCUUCAAAAGACUUCACUCCAUCUUCCAACCACUGCUCUGUUCCAAAUCCACUCCCAUGUUUUAGGUUUUUGUUACAGCCUCACUCUACUUCCAGGUAACGAAUCUAUAACUUAAAAAAUACAUAUUUCAGAUAUAAUUCAAAAUUCAUGUACUUUAACGUGUAUGAUUCAGUGGUUUUUAGUAUAUUCACAAGGUGUAUAUCCAUUCAGUUCUGGAACAUCUUCACCCAAAAAAAGCAGUCUCCUACCCAUUAGCAUUUGCUCCCUAUUCCUUUCUCUUUCGAGACCCUGGAAACCACCAACCUACUUUCUGUCUCUUUGGAUUUGCCUAUUACGGACAUUUCAUAUCAAUAGAAUCCUACAAAUAUGUGGUCUUUUGUGUCUGGCUUCUUUCAUUUAGUAUAAUGUGCAUCAGGAAUUUAUUGUGUAACAAAUUAUCCCGUCUCACAAUUUCUGUGUUUCGUAAGUUUGGAAGCAGCUUUAGCUGAAUGGUUCUAGCUCAGGGUGUGUCCUAGGAUUGCAGACAAGAUGUCAGCAAGAGCUUCAGUCCUCUGAAGGCUUGCUCAGGGCUAGAGGAUCUUAUUUUAAUAUGGUUCGCCCAUGGGCUACAGGCAAGAGGCCUCCACUACUUGCUGGCUUAAGGCAAGAGAUCUCAGUUUCUCACCACAUGGAUCUCCCCACAGAUCUGUUUGUCCCGUAACUUCCCGCAAAUUGAGUAAUUGAAGAGAGAACAAGGCAAAUACGACAAUGUCUUCUAUUAUCUAGCCUUGGAAGUCAUACACCAUCGCUUACACCAAAUUAUAGCGAUCACACAGACCCACCCUGACUCAGUGUGGGAGACUGGCUCCACAGAUGGCUUGUUAGUGUUGACAUCUUAGGAAAUUCAGCCAUAGAUGAAUAUAUGGGAGAUUACACUGAAUUCAGGAAAAUUCAAAAAGAAAUCAAAUUUUUUCUACACUCUACUAAAGGAGGGGUUUCCUGUAUUUCUGAGCCCUAAGCCUAUUUCUUCACUUUUCCAUUUUGAUCUACAAAUGUAAAUAGAUGGAUAAUUCUGAGUUGGUUGACAUAUAGAGAAAGCAGCUCCCUAAAACAGAUGCGUUUCAUCUCCUGAUGUCUUUCUGGCUUCUGAUAUCUAUGUCUUGUAUUCAUAUUUGUUGAAGUUUUCCGUCGGUGCCGUUUUUGAGAAACAAAAAGGUCAUUCUUUCCUUUAAUUUAUUAGAUUAAAUUUAAUAUUUAAAUUUUAAAAUAUACUCCGACUAAAGGCAAAUGGAAUUAUAAUUUUGAAAAUGUUUCUGAUAUUGAAAGAGCCAUGUUUCUAAUUUGAUAUCAAUUUAAGCUUUGAACUUUGCACAGACCACAGAGUGAACUGCUUGGAGGCUCCAAAGAGGGGACAUUUAAAUUGGGGGAAAAGGAUGAGGCAAGAGCAUUGUCUGGGUGUCAGGGAGAAGUGCACCGUGACUGAACUACAGAUGCGGGAGGACCCACAGAGCAUGAAGAGCCCCAUGAGUUCAGUGAAUGUGUAUUAUGAACAAGGCAAUUGGUUUUGUUGUUGUUCAUCUUUUUUAGGAUUCUUGAAGCUCGGAGAAGAGCUGGGAACUUUCUCAGAAAAUGAGGUGAUACGCAAAUGUCAGGGAUUUACUGACCCUAGAUUAAGAAUUCCCGUUUCAGGUAUUUUUGCCAUGAUAACUUCUUUUCUCACUUAAUAUUGUUAGAAAUGGUAUUGAUAAAUGUAUUUAUCUCCCCAAGUGGUAUCUCUGGUGUGGCUGAUCCUUAAUACUGGGUGAAAGAGCGUGGCACAAGUUUCUUGUGUUUGGGUGUUUGUUUGUUUGUUUCCUGUAAUUUAUAAGUUGUCAAGGCAAUCGUUAGCUACAAAUGAUUUGCUUUACCUUCCUGUAUCAAACUGGUCUUUUAUUUUGUGAAAUUGUAAAGAAAAUACAGAAAGCCCGAAAGAUUCACAUGGCAGAUACUCGGUAUGGUCUCAAUAUCCUAAAAUGUUAACAUUUAGUUACAUCUUCUUUAUUAAAAAAUAAUAUAUAAAACAUAAGAGUUAUAUAAACUGAAGACCCCUUUAACAGCCACCCAAAGUUCCAGCCCUUUUGCCUUACAGGCAACAGCUAUCAGGAGUUGGGGUGUACCCGUCCAAUUCCUUGUUUAGUUCUCUCACAGCCAUGUAUGUGUCCAUACCUAAUCUCAGUAUUCAUUUGUAUUAGUCACAUUUAUACAAAUAGCAUCAUAGUAUACAUGUUUUCUACAUUCCCUUUUUAAAUUUAACAUUGUUUUGUGAUCUGGUCAGUCUAUUUUAAUUGCUAUAAAAUACUGCAUUGUAUGACUAUCUCACAUACUGUUUUCUUAUUGGCAGAUUUUUUUUUUAAUAGGCAGUGCUGUAAGGAACACCCUUUUCUUGGUUGAACCAUAUGAAAUUGUUUCUGUAGGUCAAAAAUAUUUGAGUAGGGACAAUUCUUUAUGGUUGAACUUAAUUCUGUUGUUUGUAUGCCAACAGUAACUUAAUUUUGGACCAUACAGUGAGUGGGAAAUGGUAUCUGAUUGUUUUUACUCGCAUUUACCGAUUGUUGGUGAAAUUAGACAUAUUUUCAUAUGCUUAUUAGCCAUUUUGAUUUCCUGUAAUGUAAAUUUCCCACCUAUAGUCUGUGCUCAUCCAGAAUGGGGGAAAUGAAUAAAGCAUUUCUUUAAGAAUUUAUUGUGGACAUGUUCGUGGAUUAGGAAAUGAGUAACCUCAAAGUUCCCCCAAAGUGUGAUAUUUUUUUAAUGGCCAUUAAUUCCUCUUGUUCCAUUGUGCAUACUCCUUUGUAUUGUUGGUUUUACCUUUCUUCCCAGCCAAAGGUGGAGUCUGUUUCUCCACUCUCUUGAAUCUAGGCUGGCCUUGUGACUUGCUUUGACCUAUAGAAUGUGGUGGAAAUGGUGUUGCAUAAGUUCCAUAACAUAGGCUUUAAGAGCCCUU